AUGCCGCCGCCGACGGGCGCCCCGCAUUCCCCGUCCGCCGACGAUCUACUCACCAUGGACGCGGAUGCCGCCGCCGCCGGGGCUCUGCAAGAAGCGGGGGCUGACGGCGGCAAGAAGCCGGCGGUCGCGACCGGGCGGGUGUGGUCGGAGGCGGACGAAGUCCGCAUCCUCGGGGGCCUCGCCGCGUACGCCGCGGCCCACGGCGCAGAGCCGCGCCGGUCCCAGCUCCACGCCGCGCUCGACGGCUGCGGCCUGGACAAGUCUGAGUUCACCGUCACGGAGAUCUACGAGAAGGUGCGGCGGCUCCGGACCAAGUACGCGAACCUGCGCUCCACCGGGGGCGUGCCGAUGCCUGCUGGCGGCGCUGAUGAUGGCGAUGAGGCGCGCAAGUACGAGCUGUCGAGGUCGAUUUGGGGCGACCUGCCGCUGAGUAUCGUCAAGAAAGUAGGCGCCAGCCGCGUCACCAACGCCAGUGGCAAUGCCAAUGCGGCGCCGGGCACACGCGUGCGCAGGGGGGGCGAGGAGCUGCAGGACCUGUACCCCAGCCUUGCCUUGACAGUUGACGGGAUCACGGACAACGAGUCGCUGCGGCCAGUGCUCAAGAGGGCCUUCCAACUUAUCAGCGACGAAAAAGCACGUGAAUUGGAUGCCAAAAUGAAGAAGCAGAUGGAUAAGGAGGUGCAGAUGACGUUGAACCAAACUGCUUUGAGGAACCAGAAAGAUAUUUUACAAAUCUGGGGGUCAACUUCUCCCCUAUUUCUCCUUAAUACAUAG